AUGCGGACGUGGAACGCCGACGAACCAGACCUACAACAUCAUGAAAAGCGCCCACGAUCAUCUCUCCUAUCGACCGAUCCCUCACUACUAAGAGCAGCAUCACAAGACCCCCAGAAUUGGAUCUGUUCCUACGUCUGCGCCCAUGCACAGACUUUCCCCAAAGCCAACGUCUCUUCGACGCAACGUCCUCCUACCUCCAUCCUCCGUCCUUCCAACCUCCACGCUCGGAAGCUGGCGAGCGAGAAAGAUUUGGAAAGCUACGAGCGCUUUGCGGUGGAAGAUCACAUCAGCAGCAUUGUGUCCGAGCUUUCGAAAGUCACGGAAGCUCGCGCAAUUCUGGGUCUCGCAGGCGGUGUCGUCUUUGAGCAUAAACCCAACUCGCUCAAUGAUUCGGCCGAGGAAGUGCAAGAGCGCCUUCGCCUGGAUCGUUCUGCGUCACGGUCUCAGGGCGCUACGGGAACGAGACUAUUAUACGCGGAUCAGAUUCGUGUCUACAGAAAGACUUCCGGAGUCGACCAUCUGCUGUUCACCAUCGAGGACAAGGCCCCUCACAAGCUCUCGAUCCACAAUCUUCGAGCCGGGCUCAGCGCGAUGAAUGUAAUGGAAGAGGUUGUCAAUCGCGCCACGAUUCCCACGGAUGUCGGGGAUAAACAAUAA